GAAGGGAGCGGAGAGUUUGCAGAGCCCAGCAGGCACUAUAGUAAAGGGGUCACCCAGGCAGCUCCGGUGUGUAAUACCCAGUAGUGGGUGUUGCAGUGAGACCCGCGCCCCCCUUGUCACCUGCCCAGAUUUGCUGCCCGUGCAGCCACCGAUCACAAAGCCAUGGCUAGCAGCAGCAGUAGUACUAGCAGUAGCACCCUAACCGGGCGUCUCCCGGGGGCCCGGGGAGCCAAUCCCCGCAAGGGCCGCAUUCUGGGUUUCAUCGAAUCCAUACAGGACGCGGUGGGACCCCCCAAACAGGCAGCGGCAGACAGGAGGACAGUGGAGAAGACCUGGAAGCUCAUGGACAAAGUGGUAAGACUGUGCCAAAAUCCGAAGCUGCAAUUGAAAAACAGCCCUCCAUACAUACUUGAUAUUUUACCGGAUACAUAUCAACAUUUGCGACUAAUACUGAGCAAAUAUGAUGACAACCAGAAGCUUGUGCAGCUCAGCGAAAAUGAGUAUUUUAAAAUCUACAUUGACAGCCUAAUGAAGAAAUCAAAACGUGCAAUAAGACUCUUCAAGGAAGGGAAAGAGAGAAUGUAUGAGGAGCAGUCGCAAGAAAGACGAAAUCUUACGAAGUUGUCUCUCAUAUUUAGCCAUAUGUUGGCAGAAAUAAAGGCAAUAUUUCCCAGUGGCCAAUUCCAGGGCGAUAAUUUCCGUAUCACAAAAGCCGAUGCUGCAGAAUUCUGGAGGAAAUUUUUUGGAGAAAAAACCAUAGUUCCAUGGAAAGUGUUCAGACAGUGCCUUCAUGAAGUUCAUCAAAUCAGUUCUGGGUUGGAAGCUAUGGCUCUGAAGUCCACUAUUGAUUUGACCUGCAACGAUUAUAUUUCUGUUUUUGAAUUUGAUAUUUUUACUAGACUGUUCCAGCCAUGGGGAUCUAUAUUAAGGAACUGGAACUUUUUAGCUGUAACCCACCCUGGCUAUAUGGCGUUCCUUACAUAUGAUGAAGUUAAAGCUCGUUUACAGAAAUAUAGCUCCAAACCUGGGAGUUACAUUUUCAGAUUGAGUUGCACAAGGCUUGGUCAGUGGGCUAUUGGCUAUGUGACUGGUGAUGGGAACAUCUUACAAACAAUACCUCAUAAUAAACCCUUGUUUCAAGCUCUGAUUGAUGGCAGUCGUGAGGGAUUCUACCUAUACCCCGAUGGACGAAGUUAUAAUCCAGAUCUAACAGGCUUGUGUGAGCCAACGCCGCAUGAUCACAUAAAAGUAACCCAGGAACAAUAUGAAUUAUAUUGUGAAAUGGGCUCUACGUUCCAGCUGUGUAAAAUUUGUGCAGAAAAUGACAAAGAUGUAAAGAUAGAGCCUUGUGGACAUUUAAUGUGUACGUCGUGUUUAACAUCUUGGCAGGAGUCUGAUGGUCAAGGAUGUCCUUUCUGUCGCUGUGAAAUUAAGGGUACAGAGCCUAUAAUUGUUGAUCCAUUUGAUCCAAGUAAUGAAAACCGGUGCUGCAGUAUGAUGGAUAGUUUAUGUACUCCUAUGCUGGAUUUCGAUGAUGAUGAUGAUAGAGAUGAUGGCUUAAUAAUGAAUCGUUUGGCUUCUAUCAGAAAGAUGAAUGACAGACAGAAUUCACCAGUGACAUCACCAGGCUCCUCCCCUCUUGCACAAAGGAAAAAAACGCCUCCGGACCCACAACAGAUACCCCAUCUCAACCUCCCACCAGUGCCUCCUCGACUGGAUCUUAUUCAGAAGGGAAUAGCUCGAUCACCUUGUGCUAGUCCUACAGGUUCACCAAAGUCAUCUCCAUGUAUGGUUAGAAAGCAGGAAAAACCACUUCCAGCACCACCUGCUAUAUUAAGGGAACCGCCGCCUCCACCGGAGAGACUUCCUCCAUUGCCAACUGAGUGCAGAACAUGUAGACAUUCACAUCAUGUGGAAAAUGUGCCUUGUAGAGAUUAUCCAAUGUCCCUCGAAGCUCGGUGUCCAAGGGAUGUUUCUGGUUCCAAUCAAUUAGCAGCCUGUUGGGUAACACUUGAUGGUUCUCCUAAACAUGGACAAACUGCAGGUUCCAUUUUGAACGGAAGACACAGUCGUAUCAGUUCUGAUAUUGGAUUUAUGCGCAAGCAGCAUAAACGAAGAGAAUUGGCUUUAGAAGGCACAAGGGUUUCUUCUAAUGGUUUUCUAGUAACAGAAGAAUACGAUGUGCCUCCUCGACUUUCCCCUCCUCUACCAGCAAUUUCUACCCAUCCUAGUAUGAAGAAAUCUGUAGAGGACGAUAAUGGCGAAUACAAAAUCCCCUCCUCGCAUCCAGUCAUAUCCUCCCGUGCACUACCACUUCACUGUCAGAAUGUUAAACCUUUUUCUAGACUUUGUGAGAACGGACAAUGUUUGUCAAAUGGCAUAUCGGAAAUGAAAAAAUUAAAACCUCCAGAUCUUGGUGAUGUCAUUGUUGCAAGCACUAUACCUGUCCCUAUACUUCCAGCACGGCCUUCAAGUAGAGAAAACCAACAGCACGGUUCUUCUCUCGUCAGGACACCCUCCGAUUAUGAUCUUCUGAUUCCCCACCCAGGUGAUGAGUCAUUUGACAGUCCACCUCCUCCCCCGGCACGUAUCAGCACCAAUGAGCAUGUCAAACUUAAUGCGUCAGGAAGCAGACCCAAUUCAGGAGUGGAUAUGUUUUCUUCUUCUCCGGAUCAUUGUUUAGAAGCUCCUCUACCACCAACCCGAAGAUUAGCAAGUGAUGUUAAAGUAAAUAGACUUUCCCAAGAUUAUGAUCAGCUUCCAUCAUGUUCAGAUUGUCCUCCAGCUCCAGCCAGACCCCCCAAGCCACUCCCCCGCAGGACUGCACCAGAAAUCCACCACAGGAGACCUUACAGCUCUGACUUGUCGGAAAAUGUAGAUGCAAAAAUAGCAAAGCUAAUGGGAGAAGGAUUCUCUUUUGAAGAAGUUAAGAGGGCUCUGGAAAUAGCCCAGAAUAAUGUAGAUGUGGCCCGCAGUAUACUGAGGGAGUUUGCUUGUUUCCCCCCAGUGUGCCCACGUCUAAACCUAUAGUAGCAUUAACUAUAAACUUAAGACUCAAAACGUUUUGCAGAAGAAUGGAUUUCAUUACUCUUUUUACAUUAAAAUUACCAUUCCAAGUUUGUCAAAGAUUGGCAAAAUAAAUUGGGCUGAAAUCAUAUCCUUGCAAACCACAUCUGAAAUUUGUGGCAAACAAACUAAUUUCCUGUUUAUUUGACAAACAUACCAUGUAGAAGAUACAUGUAUAUAGGAAACGUUUACUCCCUUAAGAAAUCUGUGAACAUUUUUUUUUGUAAAGGAUGGUAAGUUUUAUAGUUUGCUUUCUAUAAUUUUACUGUUGUGUUCUUCAGCAACACAUUCUGACCUCACUGCAUUCUGGACAAUGCUUUAUUUUUUAGUUUUCCUUUUUAAUGUUUUGUAUGGCAUUUUUAAUUUAUCCAAAAGUGUAAAACAAGUGGCCUUCACUACUGACAUUCUGAGAGUUAUUUUGUAUUACAAAGAAAAUAUUUGAAUGUAUAAUUAAAACUUUUGUGGGGAGGCUGCUUUUACGGAUGUCUUUUGAUACUGUUUAGCAAAGCUGUGUUACUUUGGGUUCGAAAAUGAUUAAUCUUCUGAUAUAGUAGAAGGUAAUGCUUAAAAGCCUAGGCUUACAACCAAUAGUAAAAUCAGCUUUAAAGGCACACCCUCCCUAGAACACUUUAGUGUAUCCAAGGGCGGUGAAGAAUAACAAUAAUGGAAUUAGGCAAAUCUUUUUUUUUUUUUUUAAUCUAGAUUCUUGUAUUGACCUCAGUAUAAUGUCUGAGCAGUUGCCCUGCCCACUUGGCUCAUAUCAGAAAAGCUUUGCUGAAAUGGCACAGGUGAUGUUACCAAUAACCGCAUUUUGCUUUUCUAAUGAGGUGUUGAUUUGGCUUAAAGGGACAGUAAAUGCUUUGAGAUUUUGAUAUAAAAUGUUUGUGUAGUAAAACAACUUUGCAACAAACUUUUAUUAUUUCAUUUGACCCAUUUUCCAGUAAUUUAAGUGUAAGAGUUUUCUGAUUCUGACAACUGGAAGAACACAUGACAGGCUUCAUAAGUCCAACCCUGACCCAGCAGAGAUUCUCAGAUAAAUAUUAAACAAUGAAGAUUUUCCAAACAUAAUGAGCAUGACUAGCCUUGUCUACUACAGUAACAAGUCCGCAAUGGUUCCCCCAAAUAUGACAAGUAGUGGGUGGAGUUUGGCUAUUGACAACUAAUUGCAGCCAGCAAGGUGGUGAUAUAUUCAAAACCUUUUCAAUCUCACCUACUGUGAUAAUUUAUUAAAGAGAGCAGAAAAAUCCUCAAAGAACAAGGUAUUUACUGUCCCUUUAAAGAGGCAUUCUAAAGUAAAAAGUUAUAUGCUCUUAUUUGUUAGAAGUUAAACACAUAGGUAAAGCCCCACUCAAGCUACUUAUGACUCCCAAUCCUAAAUGUUAUAAUGGUCAAGCAGGAAUUUUCCUAUGUGUUUAACCCAUUUUGUCCCCUUCAUAAAGCGUAUUUAACAAAUUAAAUUAGAAUCAUUGUUUUGUUAAGAGCAAGGAUCAACGCACAAAUUAACAUGCUCUGCUUGCUCAAACACAUUUCUCUGAUAACUGGAAAGUAGCACACUAAAGUAAGAUUUACAUCAGAAAAUAUUGGUAGACUUAUGAAUGUGCCAAUUUUAAUCUUCCCAUUUCAAAAGUAUUCUAGUGAACAGUGUCUUUUUAAUAUAUUAUUGUGUGUAGACAUGGGGUACAGGUAAGUGUAAAUUGCUUAAUUUAAUCUCUAAUCCAUUUUUUUAUUACUUCUAGAACAGCGGAUUAGAUGAAGCAAAUACAUUUUAGUAUCUGUAAACAUUUUGAACAUUAAAGUGCAGCUUUUUUUCUGUUAUAAAGAAAAAUGAAAUGUUGCUUAUCAUUUUAUACUAAAAUCAACAUAAUGCAGCCUUGAAUGUGUCAGGAAAUGAAGAUAAUGAGGUUGGCUUCUUUUCUCAGCAUUAGUGACAAGCCAAUGUUUCUGAACAUUUCAUUGAAACAAUAAAUUUUGUCCAACUUCAUUCAAUCUUAACCAAACGUUCUUUUUACAUUUUGUUUCAAACAAAUGCUAUUUUGAGAAUAACGUUCCAUCUCUGGAAGAAAACAUUUAGAACAGCAAAUUUUAACAUUCAUAUAUUGAAUCUUAAAGAUGUUUAAUGUUAUAGUUUUGUAUUUCAAAUCUUUGUUUUUUUUUUACUUAAAGGGACAGUCUACACCAGAAUAUUUAUUGUUUUAAAAGAUAGAUAAUCCCUUUAUUACCGAUUGCCUAGUUUUGUUUAACCAACACAGUUAUAUUAAUGCACUUUUUGCUUCUGUGAGUAUCUUGGCCUCUGCAAACUGUCAAAAUGCCCUAAGAUGAGAGGUGGCCUUCAAGGGCUUAGAAAUUAGCAUAUGAACCUCCUAGGUUUAGCUUUCAACUAAGAAUACCAAAAGAACAAAGCAAAGUUUGUGAUAGAUGUAAAAAUGAAAAUUGUUUAAAAUGGCAUGUCCUAUCUGAAUAAUGAAAGUUUGUUUUGGACUAGCCUGUCCCUUGAAACGUUACAUUUGAAGUAGGAAAUGUAACAUUCAUUGUAGGGAAUUGGUUUCAAAGAUAAUUUCACUAUUGCUUUAUUUAAGAUCACAGCUCGCGAUCGCCGCCUGGUUAGAAGCUAAAGCAAAGAGUAAUUGGCAUUUAAUCGUACAGUGAUAUUCUGUGUCACACCUACUGUUUACAGUAUGGAACUUUUAUACUCAUUUUCAGCAAACAUAUGCCUCGUUUCCAUUGAUGUGGUAAAUUGUGAAAACUGGUGAUAAAAACAUUUUAUUUCCAUUAAAGUAUAUGGAGAUUUUUUAUGUUACCACCAGUUUCCAAACUUAAAGUGAAUGUAAAUUUUGAUGCUAAAGUGCCCGGUUUUUAAAAAUUUGAUUAAAAACAGGGACACUUUAAUUCAUCAAAAUUUACAUUUCACUUGUGUUGUGAAAAUACUUACCUUUUAAACUUGACAGCCGCUCCAGCUUCCUCCACCCGUCACAAAGCCUCUUCCUGGGUCUAAAAUGAGGAAUCGGGUUUCCUCCAAUCAUGGCGUUGAAUCAGACACUGAUUCCCCCGGGGGGGGAGCCAUGAUUGGAGGAUGACCUAUCCAUCAUUUCUGAUAUCCCUAAUGGCUUGCGAUGACCGGAGGAAGCUGGAGCUGCUGUAAAGUUUAAAAGGUAAGGUUUUUUUUCACAACAGGAGUGAAAUGUAAAUUUUGAUGAAUUAAAGUGUCCCUGGUUUUAAUAAAAUUUUUAAAAACCGGGCACUUUAGCAUCAAAAUUUACAUUCACUUUAACAACCUCAAUGGAAACUAGGCCAUAGUGGGCAAACAUUUUUUUAUCCCCCUCUAAAAAAUGGUAUUCCAUCUGUACCCACAGACUGUUCCAUGGGUAAAGUCAAACUCGUAUACUUUUUUUUUUUAUUAUUGAUGAAUAUUCAAUUGCAAUAAAGCACCAAUGUUAAGACUA